ACGAUACCCCGCCAUAAUUAUGUCCCCCAGGUUUUCAAGGUCCUCAUUUCUCACCACCACCACCACGCGCGCGACCCAGUUCGUCUUUAUAAACCAUUGCAAACAUGCCUCUAAUAAUCCUCACCGGCCUCCCCACCUCAGGAAAAUCCCACCGAGCCGCCCAGCUACAAACCUACCUCGCCGAGCGCAUCGCCUCCUCCAACCCCCCAUCCCCCUACCGCCUCCACCUCAUCUCAGACGAAACCCAGUCCGUCUCCCGCACCGUCUACGACCUCGACCCCUCCUCCCUCCCCGCCCACGUCCGCAGCGCAAACGCCUCCGAAAAGGACGCCCGCGCCUCCAUCUACGCCGCCGUCAAGCGAGUCCUAUCCCCAAAAGAUAUCGUCAUCCUCGAUGGCAUGAAUUACAUCAAGGGGUGGCGGUAUCAGCUCCAUUGUGAAGCAAAAAACCUCGCUACACCGUCGGUGAUAUUACAGAUAGGAUGCCCUGUCGACAAGGCGAGGGAGAUUAAUGAGGAGAGGUUACGGACUGAGGGUGGGGUGGAAGGUUACUCAACUGGGAACUGGGACAAUCUGGUGUUUCGGUAUGAGGAGCCGAAUCCCAUGACGAGGUGGGACUCGCCGUUGUUUACGGUUAUUUGGGAUGAUGAUGAGGAGCAGGCGAGGAGGGUGUACGAGCAGAUAUGGGAUAGUGUUGCUGGGGAGGGGGCCAAGAAGAAGGUUAUACCCAAUAAGAGUACCGUGCAGAGGGAUAAGGAUCCCGGGGGGGAUUAUUUGUAUGUGUUGGAGAAGGAGACGCAGGAUAUUGUGAAGAGGAUAUUGGAGAAGCAAAAUGAGGCGGGGGAGGGGGGGACGGUGAGAUUGCCGAAGGUGAAUGGGGGGGAUGAUGGGGGGGAGGAGUUGGUGUUGGAGUUGCCCGGGAGGAAGCUGGGGUUGGCGCAGUUGCAGAGGUAUAGGAGGGCGUUUGUGGGGUUGAAUAGGGGUGGGAUUGGACUGGAGGGGGUCGGGAAGUUGGCGGCGGGGAGGUUGAGGGAGAGUUUUGUGGGGUAUCUGAAUGAUGUUUUUGAGAAGGAUGGGUGA